CUCUCCUCCCCUCCUCUUCUUGGUGUUGAAAGACAGCUAGUCAGCAUUGACACAAAUCCCUUAGUAGCUCGUAGAGCAGUGUAAAAGCCAAAAGCCCUGCACAGCAGGCAAGAUCAUCAUGUCGGUGAUCUCUCGUAACCCUUUCGCCUUCCUCGAGGACGAGGGAGAUGACUCUCCUGCCCCCGCCCCCGCCCCAAAGCCUGUAGCCAAGAAACCCGCCGAACCUGCCCCCGCUCCUCGUAAUGUACCAGGCGCAGUAUCACGAGGGGGUCGUGGUCGUGGUACUUAUCCUGCCCGUGGUUCCCCUCGAAAUGGCGCCAGGGAUAGCCAGCCGAGGAACACCGCGCCCACGGCUGAUGAAGGUGUGACAGAGGGGUUUGAGACCCCUGCCGGAUUCGAAGGCGAACGCGUCGCUACUCAUAGGAGACCUUACCAAGGACUCGACGCACAUACCAAAGGUCCCCGUGGAAACCGAUCCUCGCGCGGCGUGACGUCGGGUGGUCAUACCGCUCGUCUGGAUAACGUCGGUAGUAGGAGGCCCAGAGUGGUCCAAGAUGCUGCCGGGAGGAGACAAUAUGAGAGGCGGAGUGGAACCGUUGGCGAUUCGCAAAAGAAGGUAGAUCAAGGAUGGGGUGCUGCUACUGGUACCGCCGAGCUUACCGACGAAGUACAAGGAGAAAAGGACGCUCAAGUCGAGGAGAACGCCCCACAGACACCGGCGGAAGAGGACGAUGGCGGCUGGGGUGCACCUGCAACGACUCCCGCCGUUCGCGAAGCCGAUGCCGAAGCCGCUGAGCCUGCUGAGCCUGAAGAGCCCGAAGAAGUGGUUAAGUCGUACGAUCAAUUUUUGGCCGAACGCGCCGCUCAAGCCUUCGACUUUGGCAAGAAAGAAGCCAGGCAGGUCGGUACUCAGUCACUCGAGGGCAAGGCUUUUGUACGCGAGGCUUUGGAUGAGUUCUUCAAUGGAAAGGAGAAAUCUGGCAGCAAGCCUUCUAAGUCUAAGAAAGAAAAGGAAAAGGUUUUCAUCGAAGUCGACGGACAAUUCGCGUCUCCCGCAUCCUUCAACGGUGGCGGUGGUGGGCGUGGGCGUGGUGGAGAUCGUGGCCGAGGUGGACGUGGUGGACGUGGAGGUGGAAGGGGCGGCGAGCGUGGUGGACGAGGCAGGGGUGGGAGCGGCUUCAGCUCUCGUGGUGGACGUCAAGGCAACAUUGAUGCCAACGACACGAGCGCCUUCCCAGCUCUUGGAGGACCAUAGUCGAUCUUUCUCAAACCACUCAUGCUAGUCGGAAAAAGACGGAAACCUGUUUCAGCAUCAGGUGUACUGUUCAUAUACGUGAUCUCAUGGUGCAUCCUCGUUGUGCAUUUGACGUUUCUCG